UCGCGUGACAAUAACAUUGGGCUAACUAACUUUAACACUAUGCGUUAACAUUACUAACGAAGCUGCAGUGCUACGGUUAUGAAUGGAAGCCGGAAAGUGCCCGACAUUUAACUCAGCUUCUACUUGAAGUCGACGACUUAACGGACUGUUUUUGACGUAGACAGCUGCUGACCUACAUCGAACGCUGACCUACUUCAAACGCUGUCUGCAGAGCGCGCAGUUUUCUUCCUAGAAGUAUAGCCUAAGGCUUGCUCCAAUGGAAACAGGAGCGGACAGGACUCAAUACAAGAGGGGCAAAUAUAAAAGAUUUUUAGAUCCUGACUAUUUAAGUGAGGUGCCAAAGACCAGUAAAUGGCGGACCAACCAAUCAACUGAGGCUAAUGUCAACACAGCUGAUGAAGACGGAGAUAUAGCCCAAGAAAAUUCGGAUGAUUAUUCAGACAUUCAUUUUCAAACUAGAUCUCUUUACCCAGAUCUCAAUAUGCCCAAUGUAGACACAGACCCACACAAAUCUCCAAUGGAUUCCCCAUUACACCCUGGUUCAGAGGUAACAUUGGCACAGUGCAUAGUUUUAAUCCUGGCCUUUGCCCUGAGACACAGUUUGCCAUCUAAAGCCAUCGAAGAUCUACUAAAAUUGUUAAAUGUUAUUUUACCACCCAUCAAUAUCUUGCCACACUCUCUACACAUAUUCAAGAAAUUUAUUCAAGACCCAUCAGACGACAUACGAGUCCAUUUAUUUUGCAAAUGUUGUGGUGCAAAUUUAGCUAAAGAAACGUCACUUUGUGAACACUGUGGUGAUGACACAAACAAGGACAAUGUCAAAGAGGGGGAUUUCUUCAUUAGUCUCUCUAUAGAAAACCAAAUCAGGGACAUCCUCCAAAGAGAACGUCUUAGCGAUUGUGCACCACCAGGCAAUAUCCUCAGAGAGACCAAUUACAGACCCGGGGACAUUUCUUUGUUGUGGAGCUGUGAUGGUGUGCCCAUUUUUAAUUCUUCAUUUAACUCCCUAUGGCCGAUUCGUUGUGUGAUUAAUGAGCUGCCUGCUGAAGUCCGGUAUAAAAAUGUACUGCUUGCUGGUGUUUGAUUUGGGCGAGGGAAGUCUAAUAUGUCGACAUUUCUCCACCAAUUUGUGCAGGACAUAAAAACAACAAAUACAAAUGGUAUAACCUGGAAGCAUCCACACACUGGGUUGAGACACAUUUCAAGGGUUUUCCCUAUUGCCUGUACAUGUGAUGCAGUGGCAAAAUGUAUGCUCCAAGGCAUCCACCAAUUCAAUGGAUCCUAUGGCUGUGGAUGCUGUCUUAAUGAGGGAUUAGUUGUGGCCAAAGGUCGUGGAUUCACACGCGUCUAUGACAAUGUUCCAGCUCAGUUAAGAACUCAUGAGCAAAUCAUUAAUUGUGGAGAAGAAGCUGUUGAGAACAAUGUUGAGCAUGUCCUUGGUGUUAAAAUGGUUUCCCCCUUAAUAUUACUCCAUAGCUCUGGAUUUGGCUUUGACAUGGUUAAAAGUUUUCCCGUUGACUAUAUGCAUGCUGUACUACUUGGAGUCACUAAACAUUUUUUAGAUCUUUGGUUUAAUAGUAAAUAUCAUGAGAGCCCUUGGUACAUUGGAACAGCUAAAAACAAAAUUGACAAAAAAUUGCUAUCCCUGACACCACCAUCUGAUGUCCCCAGAGUGCCACGCACUGUGGAGAGUGCACAAAAAUGGAAGGCGGCUGAAUGCCGUAGCUGGUUGCUUUUUUACAGUUUGCCUGUUUUGAAUUUAAUCUUGCCCAACAAAUAUUUAAAACAUUGGUCAUGGCUUGUCAAUUCCAUAUUCCUCCUUCUUAAAGAUACAGUAUCAGAAAUAGACUUGGCCUGUGCAUCCCAGAAUAUAGAAAAAUUUGUUAACCAAGUCAAACAAUUAUAUGGAAUCUCCCACAUGUCAUACAACAUACAUCAAUUGACCCACCUUGAAUUUUCAGUUAAAUUACAUGGGCCCUUGUGGUGUAAUUCAGCCUUUGUUUUCGAAGGCCACAACCAAAAACUAACACGUUUGUGCCAUGGCACGCAAUCAAUACCGCAGCAGAUAGCAUUUCGAUUUUCUCUGAUACAGUCCUUACCCAUUCUAUUGGACAAUUCAAAAAGUGAUAGCAAUCUAACACAUAUAAUUGAUAAGAUGGUACAUGAUUGGAUAGCUGGAUAUCCUUUAAGAUCAAAAGCUCUAAAGUUACAAAAUAUAGUACUACUUGGAUGUCCACACCACAAAGAAAUUGAUAAUGUGGAGCAGUUUUUGCUAGCUCCUAUAUGGGGACCUCAAGGCACAACUGUUGCACAGUACUACCAUCGUGCAGUGAUGAACGGCAAAGUUUUCACAACAGAAAAAUAUGGAACCAUGCAAAGACACAAUAGCUAUACAGUUGAACUGAAAAACGGAAGCAUUGGGAAAAUACUAUCUAUCAUCAGCUUAGAAAGUAAUGUGCCUGUAUUGGUUAUUCAACUUUUUCAUUCUGAAAUUGCAAUUUUUGCAUCAGAGACUGUGGGGCAUUUGAAAUUGAUUAGUGCAACCCCCGCUAAAGUUGCAGUGAAAUACAGUGACAUAGUCAGAAAGGUCGUAUUUAUGAAAUUUGAGAAAAUGAUGUAUGCAUCACUUCAGCCAAAUGGCAUUGAAAUAGAUUAAUCUUUUGCAAUGAACUCCCCUUUCAUGUGUACCCUUUUCCCUCUCUCUUGCUGCUGUACAGGCCAAUGGCUUUUGUUGUAUGUCUUCACAAAUGAUAAAUAA